AUGGCGGCCUCCUCUGCGGCAGCAGGUGAGCUGCUGCUCAAUGUGAAUAGAAGAAUGUCGCUAUUUUAUCCGAAGGCUUCGUGCGCGAUACGACGAAUAAGCACGGCGAGCUCACGACGCCACAGCGAACCGCGGCCGACAGCCAAGAGCGCUCCCCAGCAGCUGGUUGGGGUGGUCGGCUUGGAGAUCCACGCCCAGAUUAAUUCCAAGACUAAGUUGUUUUCUGGCUCACAAGUUCGCUUCUCAGACCCGCCAAACUCCCUGGUGUCCUUCUUUGAUGGAUCCUUACCUGGCACAUUACCUGUCCUGAACAGACGGUGUGUUGAGGCAGCAGUGAUGACAGCACUGGCUCUCAACUGCACUAUAAACAGGAAGUCACUUUUUGACAGGAAACAUUACUUCUACGCGGACCUCCCUGCUGGAUACCAGAUCACUCAGCAGCGGCGGCCCAUUGCAGUAGAUGGCAUACUGACUUACAGCCUCCUUGGAGGAAAAAAGAGGAACCAAGUGAUCAGAAAAACUGCGAACAUAACACAGAUACAGCUCGAGCAGGACAGUGGCAAGAGUCUCCACGAUGACGUCCGCAGCCAGACCCUCAUAGACCUCAACAGAGCAGGUGUAGGUCUGAUGGAGCUGGUGAUGGAGCCGGACAUGAGCUGUGGAGAGGAGGCUGCUGCUGCUGUCAGAGAGCUUCAGCUCAUCCUGCAGGCCCUGGGCACCUGUCAAGGCAACAUGUCUGAGGGCCAGCUGAGAGUAGAUGCCAACGUUUCCGUCCACACGCCGGGUGAGCCCCUGGGCACCAGGACUGAGGUGAAGAACAUCAACAGCACCCGAUACCUGGCCAGGGCUAUAGACUACGAGAUUCAGAGGCAGAUCAAAGUCCUACAGAGAGGGGGGAAGGUGCAAAAUGAGACCCGGGCGUAUGAUUCCAAAUCAGGGGAGACUAUUCCCAUGAGGGACAAAGAAGGUCUUCAGGACUACAGAUUUAUGCCGGAGCCCAACCUGCCUCCUCUGAUUGUGUACGAGGAAAACGCAUCGCUGCCCACUGGCAUUGAUGCCUGCCAGGCGGUGGUGGUGCAGCAGAUAAGGGAAGGGCUACCAGAGCUACCCGGCGUCAAAAGAGACAGGCUGGUGCAAACAUACGGCAUCCUGCCCGAGCACAGCUUCACGCUCGUGAACGAGGACGGGCUGGUGGAGUACUUUGAGGCCGUGUUAAAGGCCACAAAGAAAGAGCCGAGGAAGGUGAUUGGCUGGGUGACAAAUGAGCUGUUGGGCCACCUCAAACAGCAAGACAUGAGUGUGAGCCAGAGCCCCGUCUCUCCUCCUGCCCUGGCUGAGCUGCUGGAGCUGCAGGAAUCAGGACACAUCUCCUCCUCAGUUGCCAAGCAGGUCUUCCAGGAGAUGUGGAGGUCAUCAGGCAGCACGGCCUCGAAGAUCAUCCAGGAGCAGGACUUGGGGCUUGUUAGUGAUACUGCACAGCUGCACAGCAUCUGCCAGAAGGUGGUGGACUCGCAUCCCGAUGAGGUUGACGCCAUCCGAAAUGGAAACAAGAAGGUUCUGAACAAACUGAUGGGCCUGGUUCAGAAAGAGACCAAAGGCAGAGCUGACCCAGUGCUGGUGAGGGAAAUUUUACAAGAGAAGACUUCAUGAAGGUUGGACUGUUCGGCAAGACCCAGCCAAAUAUAAUAUAUGACAGUGAUGUUGUGCAUCUGUAUGAGUCAUGACAACGCAGAGAUACAUCAUGCCAAUAUGGUGGCACAUGGUACCUGGUCCUCCGUGGGCUGAUGAAACUAUUGAUGGUCAAGCUUCCACCCUUUGUUCCUGAGAGAUUUACAUUUUGUAAAUACUGUACAAUGUUUUCACUGAACAACAGCUGGUAUCUACUGUAUGAAUGUACGAUAUUUAUGUGUCUAAAGAGUAAUAAAGCUUUUUAGAUUAUC